GGUCGGGGGGAGUCGUGUGCAGAUGUGUGGGUUGGGUAUGUGCGUGGUGUGAUUGGCGUGUUUCGGCACACAGGGUUGGGUGUGAUGUGAACGCUUGCGGUGAGUGGGGAGCUGGGCGACAUGAUGAUGGAGAGCACAGUCUGAUUGAGUGCGUUGUUGAUCGCAGGCAAGGCAUGUAUCGGAGGGCGGAAUGCAGGAUGGGGCGUAUGGCAGUCGGCAUGUGAGCAGGACGAUGUGGUGGAGCGGACGUGGAGGCGGCGAGGACUGAUGGUUAGGACUGCGGCAUAGCAGUGCGCACGAUCGGAUUGGAGGUAGUUGUGGCGGAGUGGCGUGGGAGGGUUGGUGGGGUUCAUAUCGACCAUGGCUCAGGACAAUUGGAAGCAGGAAAAAGAGGAGACGAACUGCCAAGCCCCGGACGCACCAAUAAUGUGCACGAACAACUGUGGGUUUUUCGGGAGCGCCGUGACGCUGGGAAUGUGUUCGAAGUGCUACAGGGACUUCGUGCUGACACAAGCGAAGAGCUCUUCCGGCAAGGGCGGUGAGAAAGGCGACACGUCGUGCGCAGCUCAGAAGGUAGCGGUGGGACAAAGAGGGGUGGAGAGGACGCAGGGCGAGAGCGUGUACUUGGGAGGUCACGUAGGUGGUGGGCAAACGGAAGGAGGAGGGACGUCGUCGGGAGGUGGGGCAUCCGCGUCAGGUGGGGACGCGUGCAGGCCACAGGCACACCGGUGCUUUUCGUGCAAGAAGCGGGUAGGGCUGACGGGUUUCAAGUGCCGAUGCGGGAACACGUUCUGCUCGUUGCAUCGAUACUCGGACAAACACAGCUGCACGUUCGAUUACAAGACGGCGGGACGAGACGCGAUAGCGAAGGCGAACCCCGUGGUGAAAGCCGACAAGGUGGACAAGAUCUGAUGGGUGGAGGGCGAGAAAGGAGGACGAUGGUAGUGAAUUUGCUAGGGCGAGCCGUGGAGCGGGUAGGGCGAGGGAGUAUACCUGUGGGUGUCAUGGAGAUGGAGCAGGUGCAGGGGGUAGGAGAGUAGCUAUAGGUGGCACGAACGUCCGAUCCGGCUCAGAGCACGAGCAAGAGUGGUAGGGUGUGAUGCUUACGUAGGAUAAGGUAGAAGUUUUGGUGGGCUUGUACAACAUGAGCACCGGGUGUGCUGUGGCUGUGUUCCUUCGGGUGACGCGAGAUAUGUAGCACGGGUGGUCGGGUCUGGGAAGGAUGACUUGCAAGGUGUUGACGUGCAGGGGGAGGAGGAAGUAGAAGAAUGUAUCCUGGUAUGUGGCGGCAUGAUGUGGACGUCCGUGUGUUGUAUAUAUAUAUAUGCAGUGAAAAGGUGCUGCAGAUUUCAGCGUUCUGUGUU